AUGAAAGGGGGAAUUGGCUUGAGCGCCGACGCCAAUGAACUAGCAAACAUUGGGUUCAACUUCAGGAGCGCCACCGGUCUGGAACCGGACGUCCUUGUAACUGUUAAGGGAAGGCCUCACGCGUUUAUGCUGUUCGAUGAGUUAAAGAUUGAUGCGGGGAACAUGCCGACGGUCCUUGACGAACAGUCUCGUCGCCUGCAUAGCCUGCAAACAAAUUUUCACCAAGUCUACCUGCUGAUUCCGGGCUGUUACGGCCAUGCAGCUGCAUCCGCGAUGGCGGCAAGGCAUCCCGCAGUUCCUGUUAUCACAUGCAAUUGCGCGCAAGAUGCCGUGGGGACAGCCGCACGUUUUGUGGCGGCAUUGUGCGAGAACACUGGCGACGGCUGCAUUGGCUCCAGCGACGUGCCCUCGCAGAAACACGCGGUAGCCGUUGAUGCUGCGGCAAUUAACGCGUCUUGCAUGGCACUGGAUGAGAUGGAAGCGACUGGAGCCGCCGACGUGGCUUGCCAACUGGCAACUGCAACUGUCCGUACAGAGAACGAGAUCUGCCAUGCUUAUACAUGACUUCCGCACAAGCCCACAUCACUGUGGCAUUGCUCAACCGCAGUAUCGUGGGUCACGCGAAUGGGCAUGAGGUGAUAGGAAACGGCUUGCUCUGCGGCCCAAGGGGAGCUUCUGAAUGUUCUGUAGCAUAAGAAUGUCUGGGACCGCAUCGCCAUGCAACAGCGAUGGCAUGACAGAAUGUAUACGCUGGGUUUUCCAAGAUGUUGAUUUGCCCAUAGGGAGUGGUAGCGGACGUGUCUAUAAGAGUUGCAGCGAUGUUUUGUACUUAGACCUUCCUGCGCGGGGCCGUAUUGCAAUGUUCAGCAUCCACUUGCUCCCUUUCGCCCCCUAUGGAAGUGAAACAGCAAUGACGUCGACUAGUUAUGGCUUGUUUGGCCCUGAUAAGCCAGGGACGGAUUAGGGGCAAGCUUGGGGAUGCCACGGGGGGACACGUGGAUUAUGAUGUACCCACAUAUACGCAAGAGAUAAUAUGGCAGGUGGCUGGCAGAGGUUAAGGCCUAACUUCUGCUCCCGGAAUUUCCGGGUUCAAAUCCGCCUGCCGAUUCCUCGGGUGUGAGGGGGGUGUUGGAUUGGGAGGUGGUUCCCCACCUUGUAGACGGUGAAGGACGUGAUUAUAUCAU